GUGUACUGGUGGAGGAUAGUAUCCUUCAAAAUAAACCGUUGUACAGAUAUGUGGAGAGCGAUGAGUGGAAUGAUGCAAAAGCAAUAAUCAACAAUGACGACACCGCCAUAUUUUCCAUCUCCUCUACGGGAAGAACCGUUCUUCAUGUUGCAGUAAUGGCUGGCCACGUGCACAUUGUGAAGAAUCUGGUGAAGUUGGGGAAAGAGAAGUUAGUUCAAAUGCAAGACAACUUCGAUUACACCGCUCUUUCUCUCGCUGCGGAAUUAACCGGAAACGUAGAGAUUGCAAAGUGCAUGGUAGAGAAGAAGGGAGGGAAGAAACUUCUAACUAUAAAGACCAAAGAUGGUGAAAUUCCUGUUCUUCUUUCUGCAGCAAAGGGCUACAAAGAGAUGACUCGCUAUCUCUACUCUCAAACAGAGUUGGAAGCGUUUGUGGACAAAAAUUCCCGCAACGGAGUUUUGCUUCUUUCGCGAUGCAUCACUGCUGAAAUAUUUGAUGUGGCUUUGAGUUUAAUUCAUCGCAUUCCACAACUCCCUCUAACCCAUGAAUCCGGUGGACUAAGGCCCUUAUAUGCAUUGGCACGCAUGCCUUCUGCAUUCCCUAGUGGCAGUGGAUUUGGACGUUUACAACAACUCAUUUAUAAUGGUUUAAGAUUAGAAAAAUUAGAGGUGCAAAACUUGUGCAAAGGAAAAGAUAAUUUGUUCGGAAUAAGCAUUGACCGUUGCGGAAAAAGCAUUGGGAUAGUGGCAGAUGUUACUCAAGUAGAAGGCCUUCGUGUUGUUCAAAAAGACCACUAUAAUACUUCCUUCACAGGGAGGCUCUAUGAAUUGGCUGUAAAUUUUCCUCCCAUUAGGCUGUUAGGUCGACUGCUUAUAUUCCUUUAUCUGUUGUUUCAAAAUUACAUAUUGUUAAAGUUCUCAUCUGGAAUUAGAGAAAUAUACCAACAGAAAAAGACUCACCUGGUAGUUCUUGAAAUUCUGAACUGCAUGUGCGAUAGAGUUUCGGAGUACGAGGAAUCGCAGCUGCGAGAGGCUUCGGCAUACGAUGCAAUGUUGCAGGCAGCGAAGCUUGGAAUCAUUGAGUUCAUAGAUAAGAUGAGGAAGACGAACCCUGACCUCUUGUGGGCUAUUGACAGAAACAGGAGAGGUAUAUUUUCGCAUGCAAUUCUGAACCGUAGAAAAGAAGUGUUCCGACUCAUACAGAGCGUCAAUGGUCGGAAGGAGAUAAUCAGAUGCAGUGCAGAUGUGUUUGGUAAUACCCUCUUGCACUUGGCGGCCUAUUUAGGGCCCUCCUCUGAUCUUGAUCGCAGAUCCGGUGCUGCUCUUCAACUGCAAAGAGAACUUCAAUGGUUCAAGGUUGUUGAGGAAAUUGUGCAUCCCAAGUGCAAGGAAGAGAAAAAUGGAGACGGAAAGAAGCCCCGAGAGAUAUUCAGUGAAAGCCACGUGGAGAUGGUGAAAGCUGGUGAGAAAUGGGCGAAAGACACAGCUAGUUCUUUCACUCUUGUGGGUACUCUGAUAAUCACCAUCAUGUUCGCGGCGGCUUUCACUGUCCCCGGCGGAAACCACCAGGACACUGGGGUACCCAUUUUCUUGCGCGACCAGACAUUCACUUUGUUUAUCAUAGCAGAUGCAGUAUCGCUCUUUCUAUCUUCCACCUCGGUCCUCAUUUUCAUUGGGAUCCUCACAUCGCGUUAUGCUGAGAAGGAUUUCCUGAAGACGUUGCCAUUGAAGUUACUUUGCGGCCUCGUGUCUCUUUUCUUGUCUGUGGUGUCAAUGAUGAUAGCAUUUUGUGCUUCACUUGCGAUGAUGCUUAAGGGUCAUCAGCGGUUGAUAAUAGCAGCUAUGUCACUUGGGAGUAUUCCUGUCAUCGUGCUUGUACCCUCACAGCUUCGCCUCUUCCUUGAGAUUUUCAAUUCUACCAUGCACGCAAGAUAUAUCAAGUGAAUAAAACCUCUUUUGUAUCUGCUGAAAGGGAACAUCCGUUAAGUACUAAAGUUUGUUCUUGUGUCAUAAUCAUGCCAACUUAUUCAAUUAGGAAAAUGAUGUUUUGACACUAAUUUUUUGACACCAUUUUGACACUGCACACGUGUUAAAAUGUUGGAUGAUUUCAAAUUAAAAAAGCUGAGGCAAGGAUAUAUUUGAA